UACUGGUAUUACGGCGCGUGCUGCAUAUGCCGUCAGCGCGUCAUGCCGCCUUGAAGACAGCUUUCAACUGCAUCACUGCUGCAUCAUACACCAACGUUUCCAUCCUGCUACCGUAUUGAAAGUUUGAUCCCCAACAACCAGACCAGGCAACCCGAUCACAGCCGAACUACUUCAUAGGAUUUGGCAGUCUACCAGAAUCACGAUCAUGUCGCUCUUCUUCCAGGGCACCCUUCAAGAAGGCAUUGCUGCUGCUCUGCAACAGGCUAAGCCCGUAGUAUGCUUCGCCACAGACGGCGAAGCUGAGAGUCAGCUUUGGGAGAAUGACUUCUUGGCAGACGGAGAGAUCCGCUCGCUGUUGCAGUCCGAGGCAGUGACGCUUCGGCUCCCCGCUGGUUCACAGGAAGAAGGCUUCCUUUCUCAGCUCUACCCCCUUCCCAAGAAGCCCACUAUCGUGAUGAUGAGGAAAGGUGAACUGUGCGAGUAUAUCGCUGCUGGCGUCUCCAAGGGCGAGUUCGUGAGGAGGGUAAAGAGCGCACUUGCGGCAUCACAAUCUGCGGCAGCUCAAACCGCAGCUCCUCAGCUCGGUGCCGCGGUGGCACCGGCAGCAGCACCAAGCCAACCGACCCAUGCAGACCAAUCCUCAGCAGCCAGUAGCUCAGCCCAGACCAGCCUACCACCUCCCUCUGACUCCCGUGUCCAGUCGUUGUUAGCCGAAAGAGCUGCAAGCCUUGCCGAAAAGCAACGGAAGGAUGAAGAGGAGGCGAAACGACAGCGGGCUGAAAAAGCCAAGGCCAAAGCCGAGGCGGAGGCAAGCGGGAUGAAGAAGCCCGACGAGCAGAGCAAGCACGUGGCUUCUCUCAAAAAGAGGCAAGAGGAGGCUCGAAAGGAGCGCCAGAGGAUCCUCAAGGCUAUCGAGGAUGACAAGGCGGCUCGCCGGGCUCAAAGGGCCGAGGCCGAGGCCGAACGAAAGGCGGCUGCGGCGGCCGAGAAACCUGCGUCGGCCCCCUUCGCGCCGGCCAGCCAAGUUUUCCCCUCGAUGGGCAGGCUAAGCGGGCACUGCUCUCUCCAAGUCCGGUUAUUCGACGGCUCGACGAUUCGCAGCCGGUUCUCGAGCAGCGAGACGCUGAAAGACGUGCGAUCAUGGGUCGACGAGACGCGCAAGGACGGCAGGGAUCCUUACACCUUCAAGGUACUCCUUACUCCGUUGCCGAGCAAGGCAAUCGAUGUCACCGAGGAGGGCAAAUCUCUCCAAGAGCUGGAGCUUGUCCCGUCGUCGACGUUGAUUCUCGUACGGGUGCUCAAGCACGCUGCCGCCUACACGUCCUCGGCCAGGGCCGGACCCGAGCCCCAAGGCAACAUUUUCCAGAGACUGAUCGCUUACAUCCUCGGCAUCGUCACCGGCUUCUCCGGCACGAUCUAUGCUUUCUUUUCGACCAUCUUCAGCACAGCCGGCCCACCCCCGCCAGCCUCGCAGCCUCCCAUUUCCCGGGCAUCUCACAGUCAAAUUGCUGUCGAGGCAGCCCGGCGUCGUCGUGUGUGGGUAGCGGGACUCGACCAGGCAGACGAGCGGCGGAGAGACCAGCAGUUUUACAAUGGAAAUUCCACCAAUUUCGAGCCCAGGACAGACGACGGGGAGUGAUGGUAUAUCUCCCUGUGCA